AUGCCGGCCCCCACCCACCUCCUGCGCGCCGCCCUGGCGGUCCCCCCCGCCUCGCCCACCGUCUCGCCGCCCGCCGCGAAACCCGCCGCCCCUUCAAAACCGCUCACCGUCACGGUCACCCCGCUCUCCCCGGGCGUCCUCUCCGCGACUGCCCUCACCCCCCACAAGCUCCGCGUGUACGACCCCGGCUACGCGCACACUCUGGCCUACACCUCCGCCAUAACCUCCAUUGACGGCGCGGCCGGCCACCUGCGCCACCGGGGCUACCCCAUCGAGUCACUCGCCGCUAACGCUUCCUACCUGGACCUUCUGCACCUGCUCCUCUACGGCUCUCUGCCGACGCGCGCGCAGCUCACGCGCUUCCGCCGGGCCCUGUACGCGCCGUCCGCCUCCCUUGUGCACGCGGACGUGCGUGCGGUCGUGUCGGCGUUCCCGCGUUCGUCGCACCCGAUGCCGGUGCUGAUGGCGGCGCUGUCCGCGCUGGGCGCGGUGUCGCCGGCGCUCAACCCCUCGCUGGCCGGCGCGAACGUGUACGCGUGCCCGCGCGCGCGCGCGCGCGCGCAGCUCAAGGCGCUGGGGUCCAUGGCGCCGCUGUGCGCGGGGGUGUUCCGGCACGUGUCCGGGCUGGCGCCGGCGUUCCUGGCGCCGGCGUGCGGCGACGACCUGACGUUUGCCGAGCGCUUCCUCCACCUGCUCGGGGCCGACGCGCACCCCGUGUUCGCGCGCGCGCUCGAGCUGCUGCUGCUGCUGCACGCGGACCACGAGCAGAACUGCUCGACGGCGACGGUGCGGCAGCUGACAUCGUCGGGCGUGGACCUGUUCUCCGCGCUGAGCGGCGGCGUGGCGGCGCUGUACGGGCCGCUGCACGGCGGGGCCACCGAGGGCGUGCUGCGCAUGCUGCAGCGGAUCGGGAGCGUGGAGCGGAUCCCGCAGUUCCUCGCCCGCGUCAAGGGCAAGCAGGAGAAGCUGAUGGGGUUCGGACACCGGGUGUACCGCAACUACGACCCGCGGGCGCGUAUCAUCCGGGACGUGGCGCACCAGGUGUUCGCGCGGGUCGGGAGCGAGGAGCCGCUGGUCGAGGUGGCGGUGGCGCUGGAGCGGGCGGCGCUGGAGGACGAGUUCUUUGCGAGCCGCAAGCUGUUCCCCAACUGCGACUUCUACUCGGGGCUCGUGUACAAGGCGAUGGGGUUCGAGCCCGGGUACUUCCCCGUGCUGUUCGCGCUCGCCAGGUGCGGCGGGUGGGUGGCGCACUGGAACGAGUUUCUGGACGACCCGGACCGGCGCAUUGCCAGGCCGCACCAGAGGUUUGUGGGCGAGGUCGGGCCGAGGGAGGUGCCGCCCGUGGAUGAGAGGGAGGAGGGCGUGAGUGGGGUGGUGGUGGAGGACGAGAGGGGUAUGGUGGCCAAGAUGUGAAAAGUAGAUUUUUUUUGGAUUUUAGAUUUUGGAAUUGUAAAUCUUACAGUAAA